AUGUUCUCUUCUUGCUCUGCUGUUAUUCUGUUCACUGUAUUCUCUGUGUCUGCUGCCACUGGGCACCUUCGUCUGGAGAUCACUGCUUCCGAUCACUGUAGUCUCCAUCUGAAGACCAGCUCCAGCUUCCAAUCAAUUCUCCUUACAAUGGGAACCCCUCGAAUCGUCAGCUUCCAUCCGAAGAUUGAUCAAGAAACUCUUGAGAUCACCUUCUCCAGGAAAGCUAUGACUCCACAGACUCAUUUGUAUCAAAUGAAGAAAGCCAGUCAAGUAAACCAUCAAACUUUCAUUUUCAAGGAUACCGUGCUCUUGGUGCAAUCCUACUUCGAAUGUGAUACGGGAUUUUAUGGGGACUACUGCUCGGAUGAUACCACUACCACAUCAACAACCACCACCACGACUACCACUACCCCGGAAGCCACAACAACAAUCGGAACGACUACACCAGCCACCACCCGAAGAAACGUCUUCACUGAAUCUGCACCAAUUCAAACGGAUGUUUCUGCCAACUCCAUCCUCUGUGGAUCACUAAUCGUCGUCAUCAUUAUUCUUUUGGUUCUAAUCUGCAUCGUCUUUGCCCUCAUCAAACCGAAGCAACACGCUAUCUAUAUUCAACCCCAAAUUCCAUCUCCAACCCCAACAAAGUGCAAGAUCACAAUCGAGGACUCAAGAUGCAACACUCCAGAAAGCGUCAGAUACACUGCUUGUCCUAUUAAAUCGGUUACUAUUUCUUUGUAA